GUGUUUACUUGCCUGUUAUUCGUGAGAACAAUUUCAUUGUGCUUGGAAACAUGCUUAUUAAUUGCUUGGAUUCUUCUGACGUAUUUCACUUGAUUGUUCCACACAUACCUAAUCUUGUUGAUCGCUUAGAAAGGAAAACAAUGAUAACUCUCAAUAUUAUAUAAAGGCUUUGGGUGAAUUGGUGUACACUCUGAUGUACAGAUUUCCAGAUGAAUUGGGUAUCACAUACAAGCCACUUUUGGCAGCUUUUGAGGAUAUUCCAAAGCCAACUGUACAAAUGAUGAAAAAAUGGAUUAAUUCAGUUGAUGGUGGUUGUACAAGUACACAACCUGUAAAACCUUUUGUUUUCACAAAGGAAAUGUUGCGUGCCUUAAUCAAACAGAAAACUGGUUUGCUGAACUUGGGGAACACCUGUUAUGUGAACAGUAUUUUACAAUGUUUCUUUAUGUUGGAGAUAUUUCGAAAUGCUGUCUUCUCAAAAUCAGUGUCCAUCUUAAGACAUCCUGUAAUGUACAGUUUACAAGAUGUUUUCACUUUUCUGCUUUUGUCAAAGCGUAACGCCAUUGCUCCAGAAAAUUUCUUACGGCAUUCGCGUCCACCAUGGUUUCCAUUGAGAACACAACAAGACUGUUGUGAAUUUGUUCAUUAUUUAAUGGAUAAACUGGAGGAAGAAGACCGAUGUUUGUUUCAAGAUGAUAGCGAAGCGAGUCAACCAAGUACAAACAUUGUGGAAGAAUAUUUCAAAGGCGUUCUUUCUGUUACAUAUAAAUGUUUGAAUUGUGGAAAUGAAUCGAUACAUAAGGAAGAUUUUACUGAUAUUUUACUGGCGUUUCCUGAAGUACAAGACCUUAAUUCUGGAGACAUAUCUACUGAUGAUGAAAAUAGUUUGAAGGGUGGUGAUAAGACUCCAAGCUUUCAUGAAGAAAGUCUGUGUAAUACUGAUAUAAAACAGACAUCCUAUCCAACCUCUGGUAUUCAAACAUCAACAAAGACAACAACAAUGAACGAGUUAAAGACUGGAAGAUAUGUUAUCGAAAAGCGAUCGGUAUUCACCAUUCAGGAAAUGUUGGAUUAUUUUACGAAACCAGAGAAAUUGAUAGGAAAUAAUCAAUAUUAUUGUGAUCUUUGUAACGCUAAUGUGAAUGGAGAACGUCAUGUGUCUAUCAACAAGUUGCCCUGUUUCCUCAUGUUUUCUUUAAAGCGCUUCAGCUUUGAUGUUGUAAGUCAAACCAAACCAAAACUUUUACACGUUGUAAACUAUCCUGAAGAGCUUUAUUUCCAUAGUUCUGAUUAUGGCAUGGACUUGUUGUCAGAGAUGGAUACAAGCAUAACUGAAGAUGUGAGCAUGAUAAAUGAUGAAAAGGAUGAUAUAGCACAACAAUAUAAACUGUGCUCUGUAGUUUUUCAUUCAGGUCAUACUUGUGAAGCAGGUCAUUAUUACAGUUAUGCUUUGGACAAAAUGAACAAACAGUGGUAUAGUUUUAAUGAUGAGUCUACAAACAAAUCGUCUUAUGAACAUUUCAUGGAAAAGGAAAAAAGUAGUUUGACAGAUACAACUUACAUUCUCAUUUACAUGAAGUAUGGCAAAGGUCAAUCUUCCAAUGCAAGCGACCCGCCAUCAGAUAUUGUUCAAAAAGUUGAACAAGAUAAUCAAAAAUUUUUCAAGGAAAUUUCUCAUCAAUCAUUUGAUCAGAUAUCAAUCAAAAGUGGUAAUAAUAAAGAUAAUGAUUCUCCUCCUCCACCCCCGGGGAGCUGCGGUUCAAAUGGCACAGAUUUUACAGUUUCCGGUAACAGGUUUAUUUUCUAGAAAUGUAAACAAUGAACAAGUUGUUGAAACUUAUUGACCACUAAAGUUUUAUUACAUUUAAAACUUACAACACCAAGACAUAAAGUUGACCAACUAAUGUCAUUGUGGGAUGAAAUCUUGUAGUGGAAGCAAACAAUUGUAAAACUAUGACAUAACAAUUUUUUUUACCAUGGUGUAAAGCAAAUUUAAUAUGGACAAAUUUUCCAUGUAAUAAUUUUGCAUGUUGGAUAAACAUUAAAUUAUCAUAUAAUAAAUUGAAAAAUAUAGUAAAAUUUGUUUCCUUUGUUAAA